CAACGCAGAAACUGACGACGUGUCGGCUCAGUUCUCUCAGUUCUUUAGGUAAAAGACGAGCAGAGUGUGAGCGGCAGAUUCUAAUCAAAAUCAACUAAGAAGCCAUGGCCGGUAUUCAUCAGCCCGCUAAUGCGUCGGUGAAGAACGGUCUUCCUCCCCAAGAACUCCUUGAUGAUCUUUGCAGCCGAUUUGUUUUAAAUGUGCCAAGGGAAGAUCUACAAUCAUUUGAGAGGAUUCUGUUUCUAGUUGAAUAUGCACAUUGGUUCUAUGAGGACAACUCGGUAGAGAAUAACCCUUCACUGAAGUCCUUCAACUUGAAGGAGUUCACUUCGUUGCUAUUUAACAGUUGCGACGUUUUGAAACCAUAUGUGCCCCACAUAGAUGACAUAUUUAAGGACUUCACUUCCUAUAAGCUUCGAGUUCCUGUCACUGGGGGAAUUAUUUUGGAUGAAACCUUUGAGAGGUGCUUACUGGUGAAGGGAUGGAAAGGGUCAAGCUGGAGUUUUCCUCGUGGAAAAAAGAGCAAGGAUGAAGAAGAUCAUGCUUGUGCCAUUAGAGAAGUUUUGGAGGAAACUGGUUUUGACGUGACACCGUUCCUCGUCGAAGAUGAUUUUCUUGAAGUGAUGUUUGGACAACAGAGAGUGCGGCUUUACAUUAUAGCUGGGGUGAAAACUGAUAUCCCCUUUGCACCUCUAACGAAGAAAGAGAUCAGUGAAAUUGCAUGGCAUCGACUUGACGACCUUCUACCCGCAAGUGACGAUGUGAUAUCUCAUGGAAUCACCGGCCUCAAGCUUUACAUGGUGGCUCCGUUCUUGAACUCGUUGAGAUCAUGGAUCUUGAAUCAUCAGCCGCCUGUGAAUCCUAACUUCGACAUGCAUGUAAAAGGAGUCACCAUGUGGAAGGUGAAGAACAGCUCGAUCGUUUUCGACAGCCAGCAAACAAAAUUUGAUUCUGAUCCUGGACAAAGCCUCAGAAACUUCAAAUUCGAUACAGCCUCUAUCUUGCAGGCUAUGGAAAGUGCUUUUGCUGCUUGAGUUUCAACAAAAGCCUCGAACGCCUCUUGUACAAACGAUCGUGUACAGACUCGUUUAGCCAUCAUCAUAUUAGCUAGCUGGUUUCUAGUUGUACAGAGAUGCAAACAUUGGAGAUGUAGGGUUUCUUUCUUCUUGAACCUAAGUUUUGCGGCCCAGGUAUGUUUCAUUGGCCGUUUUAGUUCCCUCACUUCCGUACCGUUGAAAUAAUAAUUAUAUCAGAAAUGAAAUAAUAAAUAAUAUA